UUCCUAAAGUGGCUUAUUAAAGUUAAAAUAAACUCUUUGAGGCUAUUGCCCUACUCAGGAUGUCAUCUCUUUGUCUGUGACACAACCUGGCACUUAGUUUAUGUCACUUAAAGCCCGCAGUAAAUUAUGGCCAUCCCUGUCGUAUGCCGCACAACAGUCCCGGCUCUUAUGCGUUCUUAUGCAGGGACCACGCGCAUUUUGUAAGACAACAAGGGCCCCUGGUCGCCCAGUGCAUCAUACGAGGCCGGAACUGUUGCAGCAGCAUGGCGACGCUGCAUGGGUGCUGAAGGAUCAGGCUCGUCAGAUUCUGUCGGGAUGGCCAAUCGAGGAUGCUAUGUUCGGUUGUUGAAUACGGGUUGAGCUGUCAUUGUUUCAUAAACCAUUCUCUCAAUCGGCCCAUAUCUAUCGCAGCUGUCACUACAAUUGACUUUUGGGGUGUGUUUCAGAGCGAUGAUUCCGGUUGCCCCGAUUAGACUUGUAUGUUAGCCG